UCCACUUUUUUUCUUCUUUGUUUCUGUCUCAAAUAAGCAGCUGCUACAAAGAAACCCCCGAGCUGCCCCGCUGCUGUGUUUUAUCCAUGCCGGCUCACUUACAGUCCGCCGGGCUUUGAGAAACACGCGCUUUAGCUGCUGAAUGAGCUCUGUUAGUACAUGCCGACAUGGGGAGGUAUUUCCACAGCGAGGUGGACAUUAAGAGCCCGUGGCAUCAGGUGCUGGCUGCCUUCUGGCAGCGCUACCCAAACCCAUACAGCACCCAUGUACUCACGGAAGAUGUCCUAUACCGCGAGGUCACCUCCAGCAACCACCUGCUGUCCAGGCGACUGCUGACGAAGACCAACCGCCUGCCGGGCUGGGCGGAGCGGGUCUUCCCCAUGCACAUGGCUCGGGCGGUCUAUGUCCUGGAAGAUUCUAUCGUGGACCCUCAGGCCCACACGCUCAUCACCAAGACCUGGAACCUGAACCACAACACGCUGAUGACUGUUGUGGAGCGGUGUCUGUUUGAAGAGAACCAUGGUCGGCCAUCUUGGACCAAAUUGAGGAGGGAGGCCUGGAUCUCCACAGCUGUAUAUGGACUGGGUCGACCCAUACAGGAAUUCGGUCUUGCCAGGUUUAAAAGUAACCAAGCUAAAGCCAUGAGAGGGCUGGAGUACUCUCUCUCCAAGCUACAGACUAGUGACCAGGGAGAGUCAUCAGAGAAGCAAAAGCCCCUCCCACCACAAGCCACGCCGACCCCCAACCAGAAACCCAAACAGUUUGUCUGAACCUCAGUAGGAACAACAAGCCCACAAUAGAGAUUGACAGACCACGUGACUUUUGCGCAUUGCAUGCCGGGAACUCGUGGCAAAACAAUCC